GGUUACAUUAAGAAAUUUUGGGGGUGCAGGAAGCAAACCCCAGGCAAAAAUGAAGAAGACCAAUAGCGUUCCGCGGCACUAUUUUAACUGGGCUUUCAGAGGAUUAUCAACUGGUAACAUUAAUUCGCUCAUUCCUCAUCCCCACUCUUUCAACUUCCCUGGCUUUCAUGAUCUUGCUUUCGUGUGUAAAACUCAAGACUCAUACUUUGAACUUAGUAAAUCAAAGUUUGCGAGUAUAAAUAAUCUCGAGGAUGCAAUUGUUUUGUAUCGCCAAAUGGUUACAAUGAGACCCCGUCCUCCCACCGAGAAAUUCAAUCAGAUCUUGAAUGCCGUUGUCAAGAUGGGUUGUUACCAUGACGCUUUCUCUCUAUUUCAAGAUAUUUUUGCUUCUGCCCUUUUCUUGAUAGAUGAAUGCACACUGAAUAUUGUUGCCAAUUCUCUUACCCGUUUGAGCAAAGUAGAUUUGGUUUUUGCCAUUUUAGGAAUCCAUUUGAAACUGGGUCUAGUAGCCAAUGCUGUUUCUUUCAACACCUUGCUAAAAGGGCUUUUUCUUCAACAUAGGGUUCAAGAUGCUGUUUGGUUGUUCCAGAAGUCAUUGAAUGAGAAAGUGUGUGAGGUUAAUGAAGUCACAUUAUCAAUACUGAUUGAUGGCCUCUGCAAGGCAGGACACACUGUUAAGGCUAGUAAGCUGCUUCACUUAUUUGAAGAGAAGGGAAACUGCAAGCCAAAUGUAUUUUCAUAUAACACCGUUAUUGACUCUGUGCAAGGAUCAAAUGUUUGACAAUGCGCUGGGCCUGUUUGAGAAUAUGAUGGAAAAGGGCAUUCCUCCUAAUGUCGUGACCUAUACUUCGCUAAUUGAUGGGCUCUGCAAAUUCAGUCGAUGGGAAGAUGUCAAACAGUUACUGAAAAGAAUGACCGAUUACAGAGUUUCUUUGAGUGUUCACACAUACACCACUCUAGUGAAUGGGUUUUGCAGGGAAGGAUGGAUCGGCGGUGCUGCAAAAAUCAUGAAUAGAAUGAUUCAAUAAGGUGUGGAUCCUAACAGAAUCACUUACAAUGCUUUGAUGGAUGGAUAUUGUUCACAAGGAAAAUUGGAUAGUGCAUUGCAAAUUUUAGAGAUGAUGAUAGAUAGGGGAUGUGACCCUGAUAUUUGGACAUAUAAUAUUUUAAUAAAUGGAUAUAGCAAGAAUGGGUGUUCAGAUAAAGCCAUAAAGCUAUUUGAUAAAAUACCAAGUCAUGGCUUAAAGCCCACACUUAUUAGCUACAGCAUAAUGCUGGACUGUUUAUUUAAGGCAGGGAGAUGUGGUGAUGCUGAGAAGCUCUUUAAAGAGAUGGUGGCAAGCCGAGAACAUCCGCAUCUCAUCAUCUACAACAUUAUUUUGGAUGGAUUGUGCAAGAACGAUCGUGUUCCUCAAGCGCUUUCAUUAUAAAAGAUGAUGGAAGCUAGGAGUUUUGUCCAUGACAUAGUCAUCUAUAAUACUGUCAUUAAUGGACUAUUCAUAGAUAGAAGGCCAUGGAGCGCAAUAGAACUAUUCAAUGCCAUUCCUUCUAAAAGGCUGCAACCAGAUAAGAUAACUUACAGGAGUAUGAUAAGUGGUCUUUGCCGAGAAGGCUUGCUAGAAGAUGCAAAAGAUAUGUUCAAGAAAAUGGAGAAAAAUGGGUACAUGGCUGAUAGCGUGAUAUAUAAUAUACUCAUACGCGGGUCAUUGAAAAAGAACGAGCAUCUUGGAGCAAUAUUGCUUUUGGAGGAGAUGUUAAGACUUGGAUUCUCGGCCAACAAUAGAACCUGUGAGAUUGUACUUGAGACAAUGCUGCAAGAAGGACCAGAUUUCACUCUACUUCAUAUGCUUUUGAAAAAAGAAAUUGAAGGAAAUAGGACUAAAUUCAGCUCUUGAAAUGUUUACCGCGAAAUGUAUGCAUUUGUUAAUCUUCCAUCUGUUUUGAAUGAUAUAUGCUAAUUUAUGAUCAACAAACACAAAGAACCAGAACCCAAUGUGUACUCUCAUUCUUUAUAUAAGUAGUCACUCUUCUGAUUUUAA